AUGCAUGAUUUAUUCCUCGGCAAGUCAAACUAUCCCGGAGAUUCGUUCACCACGCUUAUCAUGCACUCAUUCUCACAAUCAAGUCCCAUGCCUACAGAGGUCAUCAUCAGGAUAUUCGGGGAACUCACUCUUCCGGAUGCGCUUCACUUGGCAGCGACUUGCCGUCGACUGCGCCAGGUUAUGAAAGAAAAUACGCCUGCCAUUUACAGACGCCUACGCAGACAGAUCCCAUGUGAGCGAUAUGCAAGAGUCGUACUGGCAGAUCAAGGGGGCCCGCCACCAUAUUCGUCUUCUUCAAUGACUAUCGCGGAUCUUUUACGAUUGCGACGGAACUCUAGGGUCGUGGAGAAGGCGAUCGAGGUGUUUGAUCGUGAUAUUACCGCGCAUAUUCGGAUUUCUCUUAAGAGCAUCGAUGACCAAUUCUAUGGAGGAAACCCACGUCCGCUGUCAUUGACUCCAACAGAACGCCAUCGGUUCACUCGGAGCUACUACCAAGUCUGGAGUCUUUUGCUCCUAAACCAACGAUCCCGACAAAAACGAUAUCAGAAUAUGUUGCUGAAGCACUUAUACAUGAUCUACGAGAUGACUGAUCUUGACCAGCCAAUUGGGGACGAAUCGAGAUCUUUCCCAGCUGACGAGAAGCGAUGCGAACUGCUUCAAGAAGUAAGCGAGUACCUCCGUGAUCUCUACCACAACAUCCAUGGAGUUGACUACAUCGAUUUCUCGGGGCAAAGUGUUUCCAUGCGUACGCAAGGUCAUGCAGCUAUAUGGGACCAUUGCCAGCCCGAUUUCAAGAAGAUUGUUUGCUACCAGUGGCGAGAUCCAGAGAAGAAACCUGUCCAGGAGGAAGAGGUGUGGGAGCAUACAACUGAUGAAGAAUGA